UCUUAUUUCCUUUAUUCAUAUUUUCUUCCCAUCCAAAAACAAUUCCGUUGGCUUCUUUCCUCAUGGAUUCUCUCUUCCUCGUCCUCCCGCUGCUGCUGUCGGCCUCAUUCCCUCACUUCACAUCAGCUCAUAACACAGCUCCGCCGCCGUGUCAUUUUCAGGCCAUUUUCAACUUCGGCGACUCCAAUUCCGACACCGGAGGACUGUCGGCAGCUUUCGGACAGGCCGCUCCGCCGAACGGCGAGACUUUUUUCCACCGCCCGGUCGGAAGGUACUGCGAUGGCCGACUCGUCGUUGAUUUUAUCGCAAAGAGCUUAGGAUUGCCUUAUCUAAGCGCCUUUCUAGAUGCACUCGGUUCGAAUUUCAGCCACGGCGCCAAUUUCGCGACAGCUGGAUCGACUAUUCGACCUCAAAACACUACACUUCACCAGAGCGGUUUCAGUCCGAUUUCGUUGAAUGUUCAAUGGUACGAGUUCAACGAUUUCCAACGUAGAUCUAAGAUCAUCCGCGAACGAGGUGGAGUGUUUAGAGACUUGUUGCCUAAAGAAGAUGCUUUUUCGCGCGGCUUGUACACAUUCGACAUCGGCCAAAAUGACCUGACCUCCGGCUAUUUCCUCAACAUGACGCCGGGUGAAGUUAAAGCGUAUAUCCCCGAUGUAAUAAGCCAGUUCAUUGCGGUAAUUAAGGACUUAUACAACCACGGCGCAAGAUCCUUUUGGAUACACAACACGGGCCCGGCGGGCUGUCUACCGUACGUAUUAACCAAAGUCCCGGUCACCGCAGGACAAAUCGACAAGUACGGAUGCGCGUCGCCGUUCAACGAAGUCGCGCGACACUUCAACGUAAAAUUGAAGUCAGCCGUGGCCAAGCUCCGGAGGAGUCUCCCGAAGGCAGCCUUAACAUACGUCGACAUCUACUCAAUCAAGCUCAAUCUAUUUCAAAACGCCACUCGACACGGUUUCGAGCACCCGCUGAGGGCGUGCUGCGGACACGGCGGGAAGUACAAUUGGAACAAGGAUCAUGGGUGUGGGAGCACCGUGACGGUUAAGGGGAGACAAGUGGUGGUCGGAAAAUCGUGUAAGGAUCCGUCCAAGGCUGUCGUUUGGGAUGGGGUGCACUUCACUGAGGCUGCUAAUAAGUUCAUCUUUGAUCGGAUUGUUAAUGGUGAUUAUUCUGAUCCUCCUGUCCCCUUGAGAUUCGCCUGUUACAGACAUUAGAGUUGAGACGACAACGGAAUCGACUAACGAUGAUGAUGUUAGAACAAUAAUUGAAUGAAUAUUAUUUCAUUCAUUUUACAACUGAAUUUAUAAUUCAAUAGGCAAUAUUUACACACGUUAUUUUACGGAAUUUUACGAAA